GCGAUGUGCGAACACCUACCCACUUCAGAUGUGCUGGCGCUAUGGCUUUCGAUGUCUACAGAAGGCAUCGAAGAUGGCACAUCAGAGUCUUACAACAGCGUUUCUGGAUGGCGAUCCUUUUUUGGCCACUUCAAAGGAGUCGAGAUCCUUAGGGUGUCCGGUCCCUAUGGGCUUCCCGAAUUCCUGUCUGCUUUGGCACGGCUGAGUGCUCCAUCCGCAGGCGGUGCGGACGGCGAUGAUGAUAAUCCUUUCCUCGUGCCACAGCAUCACCUCUCCUUGUUUCUCCCAUGCCUAAAGGAGAUGGUUGUUGGAGAUCUCGGUUCGAGAGCCGAUACACCAUUAGGGCGGCAAUGCGUCAAGGCAACAUAUCGCUCUCUUUUCCGCUUCCUCCGACAACGGUACCUAUCGAAUGCUGCCCUCGACCGUCUUUAUCUCAGCCCGGGCUUGUGUCCGUUAUUCUGUAACUCGGAAGAGGCGACGGGGAUACUGAGUUAUUAUGUUGAGGACUCUGUUUCAUGUCUCGAAUGUGGAAGAUCGUGGCACGGUUCGAAGAACUUGGGUUCACACGACCGAAAGAUCGAGAUAUUCGUAUGGCUUCCCGAUGGAAUACGGCACACAGUUCGAGUAGACCCUGAGCAUCUCGUUCAUCGGUUGCUUACCCGGUUAUACAAGGAAAUUGACUUGCCUUUUGUGCGUGCGACGUUGAUGAUGAAGAGAUUCCGGCAGGAGGAAGGUGAUGAGGACGAGGAAGUAAUGGUCAAGUGUGAUAUGGACAAGAGCUUGAAGAGGGCUGGGGCUUACCCCCACGCGACUUUCAUGGUAAAGGAUGACAGCCUCAUUCAAAAGUCGGAGGAAUGAAUUGUGAUC